AUGCUUCAGGCUCAACAUCUCUACUCGCAUCAGCAGCAGUAUAAUCAACACGAUCAACCCUCCUGGCAACAUGCCGGUCCCCAGUCCAACUUGCAGGGUUUGAACCAUGGUCAACCGCAUUCUCAAGCACAGGCCGCUGCUGCUGCCGCCCAACAACAACACUACAAUCGUAUAGCUAUCAACCAGUCCCAUUCGCAAAACAACAACAACAACAACAACAACAACAACCGACAGUCCUCCGGCGAUAACGCUCCUGCUACUUUAGGCGCCUCCCUCACCUCCAUGAACGAGCAAGGUUCGCCAGGCAUGGAGCAACAGCUUUCGGAGGAAAACCGCAAGGUCUUGCAAUGGGUUGCAGAAUUGAUGGAUCCUGCAAGAAGAGAGGGAGCUUUGAUGGAAUUGAGUAAAAAAAGAGAGCAAGUCCCUGAGCUGGCCCUUGUUCUUUGGCACAGCUUUGGUGUCAUGACCAGUUUGCUGCAGGAGAUUAUUUCGGUCUAUCCUCUUUUGAAUCCCAGUCAACUCACUGCGGCUGCGAGCAACCGAGUUUGCAAUGCUCUGGCGCUCCUACAAUGUGUUGCAAGCCACAACGAGACCCGUGGCCUCUUUCUGAACGCUCACAUCCCACUCUUUCUGUACCCCUUCCUCAACACAACAUCCAAAUCUCGACCCUUCGAAUAUCUGAGACUUACCUCCUUGGGCGUCAUUGGUGCCCUGGUCAAGAACGAACCCUCGUCCAGUGUCGCGAUGAAUCCCAACGGUACUGCAGGUGCUCAUGGUAGCAACAACAACUCCUCACCAACAAUCACUUUUCUCUUGACCACCGAAAUUAUUCCUCUGUGUCUCCGUAUCAUGGAGACUGGUAGUGAACUUUCCAAGACCGUGGCUAUUUUCAUUGUGCAGAAAAUUCUUCUCGAUGAUACCGGCCUUGGCUACAUCUGCGCAACAUACGAACGCUUCUAUGCAGUUGGAACUGUCUUGAGCAACAUGGUAAUUGGUUUGGUCGAGACACAGACAGUGCGACUCUUGAAGCAUGUCGUUCGCUGCUUUUUGAGGCUCAGUGAUAAUAACCGUGCCCGCCAAGCUCUCAGGCAGUGCCUUCCGGAACCACUUCGCGACGCCACGUUUUCAAAUGUGCUGCGCGACGAUGCGGCCACGAAGCGGUGCCUGGCACAACUCUUGAUCAACUUGAGCGACACUGUCAGUGAUACUCAAAACGAUCAAUUUGGAGACUGA